GCCAUAUUGAUGGAACAGCUGUUACGCUCUGUGCGGGCUCUGAUUGUUUUUAUAAAUUUACUAUGAAAACACGCGUAAAAAUAUGUGCAUAUAUCCCGAAAAACUAUGGAACACCGUGAAUAUGUGGAAUAAAGUGUGGUUAAAUAUUAAAAGUGUAGUUAUGUGUCUGUGUUUACAGUAACAGUCAUGGCUUGUGGGUUACAUUUCGAAGACAAUGACAUUUCCACGGAGGAAAUGGAAUUCCAGGCAAAGUGGAGCAGGUUUUCCGACUGGCUGCACUGCAUAUGUGUGGUCACGUUCGACUUGGAGUUGGGGCAGGCGAUGGAGAGUGUUUACCCCCCAGGGGUGAAAUUGACAGAUCAAGAAAAGUGCAAUAUUUGUUACUUGGCGUUCCCCGACUCUAACUCGGGUUGUAUGGGGGAUACACAGUUUCACGUGCGGCUACGGUCACGCGCGCCGCUCUCUCGUCAGCAGUUACUGUAUAACGAGGAUAGCGUGCCGACAUUACGCGCAGAUGCGACGCAUUACUGGGGCUUCGUCUAUUUCCGUCAGUGUAAAGAGCCGUCGCUGCCCCGAGGAUACUUCCAGAAGAGCAUCAUUCUACUCACGCGGCUUCCCUUUAUAAACCUGUUCUACAAGGUUAUUCAACUAAUCGCGCCCAAGCAUUUUGAAGAAGGUGAGAGUAGUCUCGAAGCUGCCUGCCAUGAUAUAAAUAGAUGGCCAGUUCUAGACGCAGGACAGAAUGUUCUACUACCCGUUUUGGGCACAGUUUUUCAAUCAUACAUUCCUAAUCAACAAACUGGUAAGAUCACACGUUCAGAUAUAGCUAAAGUCAUGUCUCCCAAUGUACCUCAUAUAUUAGCUUCUAUACAAGAUGUGAACGUGUUUGAUGCGCUGUCAACUGUUAUAUCACACUUACAUUUGCUCUGGGAACUUGUGCUAACUGCGGAACCUAUAGUGGUCAUGGCAAGUUCUCCAACAGAGUGCUCAGCACUUGUCCAAGCACUAACACACCUAAUCCAGCCUCUUCCAUACGCUGCUGAAUACCGACCAUAUUUCACAAUACAUGACAGUGAAUUCAAAGAGUUUACCAGAAAGCAGUACAACCCGCCUUGCGUAAUUUUAGGCGUAACAAAUCCAUUCUUCACGAAAACAUUGCAACACUGGCCCCACACUAUCAAGUUGGGUGACCCGACAUCUAUGAAAUCGAAACUGCGGAAAGUGGGUAAUAUAAAGCUACUAGACACAGCACCAGGAGUCUACACACAGUAUAAAACGUUUCUGGAGAAAGAUAAAGCUAUAAUCAAGAAGCUACAUAACGGGAUAAAGUCUGACCGUCCUUCAGAAGUCCAGACUGCAAUGGUGCGGAGACAUCUGCUAGAACUAACUCAAAGCUUCAUGAUACCAUUAGAAAGGUAUAUGGCUUCUCUAAUGCCAUUGCAAAAGAAUAUAUCACCAUUCCGAGCACCUCCUAUACCGAACCCUUUUAACCCGGAAGACUUUUUUGCAACACUACAGCAGGCCGGGCCACAACUGACAUCCGGUAUUAAAGGAGACUGGAUAGGUCUAUACCGAAGCUUUUUUAAAACUCUAAACUUCAGUGCCUGGUUUCAUCAGAGGCAUAGCAACUUAACAAACAAGCUACACGCUUUACAGCUUGAGGCGUUAGCUGAGAGUGACUUGAAACAGUGGUCAGUAGGUAAAAAGGAAGUGGAAAUUGUGGAUAUGGUUCUAAAGCUGCGGGAAGUGUUGAAAAAUAAUCCACCGGUAGCAGAUAACACUCGGACUUUGCUAGCGAGGCGUUUGGAUGAUCUGAACUGUGUUUUGCCAGAGGAUAUGAAGAGUAUUCUGAACGCAGGGUUGUGACACAAAGAAUGCUGCGCCUCGAGGCUGAGAGGUUGCAGCGCAGACUGCAAAAUUCAGUUGAGCUACUGCAGGGCUAUCCCUUGCUGUUAGGAGAGUUAAUGCACACUUAACAGCUGGUUUAAGACGCAAGAGGUGUAUAGGGAAUAUUUUUUUGACGAUUCAGCUUUCGUUUUUUCUAAAGCAACUAGUUAAAAUGUUCAGAGAACUCUGUGAUCCUUCCAUUGCUAUUCAUACUCAAUAAGGUUUAGUUAGCUUGCACAGAAUCCAGUAAAUAUCUUGUUUAUUUUCUUAACUUGUUGGAAUAACGUUUUCCUGCUACAAUAAGGUUAAUUAUUAUUCAUUAAAGUUACUGUAAGUAGCUAUUAUGUCCUCAUACAUGUGAUUCAGAUUUGUUAUUACCUACCCUUAGCUGAUGCCAAUACACGAAAAUGAGUUAGUAAUGGGAUUGGACGGUCGACAUAUAUUACAGAUGGCGCCAGCAUAGGUUUAACAUGUAAAUAUUGUCAAUCCUAUAAAUAGUAUCAAAUGCUUUUUUUUUAUCUUAUCAGUCAGUACAUAUACGAAAUCUACAUAUUUGGGUUCGUCUAUGACGUCUCUAAAAAUGUGUCUAAGGUUUUAAUUAACUAAUUAACCCAAAAGUUAUGGCCAGAAAACCAGUUUUUUGGCCUAAAAUUGUUCAACUUUGAUGCCAAAUAUCUCGAAAACAAUGAACUUUGAAGUAAAUAUAGGAUACUAUAUUGCUUAAAGCGAUUGCUGUUAUUAUGAUAAGCUACAAAAAACAUUAGAAAACUAAGGGCUUCGAUCGAAGGUCAUUGGGGCAUGGGAACCCCUUAAAGAGACAGAUAAAAUCUUUGCUGGCCCCAUUUAUAACAACCUUUGAUAGUUGCCAACACCAUUCAGCACAGCACGGCUCUUGAGUAGAGACUGCUUUACGUAACCGGUGUGGUUGUGGUUCGAACUUUAGGGAGAUUAGUAUAGAUGCGUGCGUUUACUGUAGAGGGCAGCACAGAAGCCCCCUAUUUUUGGGACGAAUUGUUUAUGUCAGGACUCUGAAGGCGUUCCGCAUACUACUUCGUUCGCUCGU